CUGCUCUUGCAGAAAAACUUGCCAGUCUAGACACAGCCCUGGGGGGCUGAAGCAGACCACCGAGUGCCAUGGGCAGGGGGACACUCCACUUGGGCUGGCGCAGCCCCCAGCUGCACUAGGCAAUGGGGAAGCGGUUUGGGGGGGCUGGAGGGGCACCCAUCCUUGUUUCAUCAAUUAACUGGUGAACUAAUUAAACAGGAUUUUACAUCCCUACUGGCAACACGUCCUUGCUGGCAACACGUGUUACCUAGUGGUUAGUGCUGUGGAGUGGGAUUCAGAAGACCACUGGACUGCUCCAGGACCUUAAGCAAAUCGCAAUGCCUUUUGGAGACUGUGUUCCUAUCUGUAAAAAGAGGCUAAUGUUACUGACAUUCUUUAUAAAAUCUUGUGAGCGCUAUGGAUGAAAAGUACAAUAUAAGAGCUAGAUAUUGUUGCUGUAAAUGAGUUAAGUAAUACUCAUUGCAUUUACUACUGAACUGAAAUCAAUGGCUUGUAUUUCUCACCCAAGAAGCAAGUCGUCUUCAUGUAUAUGCACCAUGGCUCAGGUGGCACAGAGUUUGAAGGAGUAAGGUUAGAUUUUUUUUUCCCCACUGUGUCUCUGUGCAGCAAGUAGAGGCAGAGAUUCAUUUUCUUUUGUAAGUGAUCAUGGAUUCUUUAUACACAAACAUCAUGCAAUUCAAGAUUGAGAAUAUUCUCUAUUAAACUCAAUAAUGUCUUAGUAGUCUAAGACUUUCUUUUUGUGUGUCUGCCACUAGAGAGCAGUGGGCACCACAUGCAUGCUAGCAGCUAGGUUACAAAUCUGUCCCAAUCCCUAAGAUUGGUAGUAUGCCGUGUUCCCUGUAAAAUGUGCAUUUGGGUGGCCCUUCAGGUGAGAUGCUGCCCAGCUGAUUAGCAGAGCAUCCAAAUGUAUUUCUAAUAGUGGUGCAUAUCCACAUAUGCCUCAGUACAUAACAAAAUUUAUUCCAUGCAUGGAUGGAAAAUAAUAGAGGGAACAUGAGUAGUGUGAACGAAAGCGAACAGAUUAGAUCCCUAUCCUCAUUUUUGUAAUCAAUCAAUGUUAACUUGCUUCUGGUAGCCAGCUUCUACCCUUUGCAUAUUUAUGUAAUACCCUCACCUCUUCACAUCAUUUCAUACACAAGGUUGUACAUUUUGAGUCUUUAGAAUGUAUGCCUCUCUUAUAAUUUGCAAACAUCACUCAUUCUUUGUCUAGCAAGUAGCAACUUAUGACAGGUAACUGACCUAAAUCAGACUGACAAUAAUUCUAUUAAAAAAUUAAGAGUGAUCAAAACUAACGAAGAGUGCCUGUUGGCAUUAAGAUUGUAAUAAUCAAUUCUCUAUUUGUUAAGCUUCUGUUCAAUAAUUUAUAGCAAACAGGAAAUAUAAGGCUCCCAGGAAAUCUAAGGCGGGCUGACCUUGUAAUUGUGUCUAAGAAGAACUGACAUUGAUAUGUACUUCUUGCUAAAAAGAGGAAUAAACUUCUUGCUAAAAAUAAAGCCUCUGCUCUAGGAAGAGCAAGAGUGCAGGAAAAACAACCUUCCACCAAGUAAAAGUGAGAAAUAAUAUGAAAAUUGAUAUUAUUCUGGUUUGUCUCAAAUCAUGUGCAAUUAAUUUCAAUGAGAUUGACUGGGCAGAAUUUAGCCUAUUGCCAGUUUACAUCGUUACCACUUGUGAUCUAAUUUUGGCCAUAGUUGCACACCUUGUCUUAGGAAAGAAAAUAAUGUAAAUUGAUUAGUUUGCCCUUCCCUACUAAACCUGACUACUUUAGUCUUCUGUGCAGACUGGAAACUAAACUUGACAAGAGUCUGAAUGUCAGGAUGCUCAGAGCAAGAUUCAUGUCAAUUUCCCAUUGUUGCACACUGGAAAAGAGCAAACAGAUAUAAAAGGACACAGCCAACAUAAUAGGACACAAUACCAUCCUAAUUUUUAAAAACAUCAUGAUUUUAGCUUAUUCCAUUACCCUUAUAACAUUUCUAUAGCAGAGAAUAUACAAGGAAAUUGUAGAUUUUGGUAUUCAAAAUGUCUUAGUGGGAAAGUUUUCCUUUUUAAAGUACCUUGUUUUUAUUCUAAAACAAAAAAUAAUAAUAUUGACCAGGAAGUUGAUUUAUUUAUUUAUGGACAACUUGUAUUUUUUUCCACUUUCUCUCUUAUAGUUUAUUAGCGAGAGAGUGGAAAAAUCAUCUAGAAAUUCUCCUGAUGAUCAGUUGUUAUAGGAAAGCCCCAAAAUAGGGACCGUAUAAGGCCCUGUGUCACUAGGACUACUCCAUCUACUAAGCUAUAAAUCCUUUUGGGCAUAGAUCUUACAAUUUGUUCCAUGAGCUCUGUUGACUUCAUCAGGACUCUGUAAGCGCUGGAAUUUUCCUGUCUGGAAUAACUUGUAAAAUCAAGUCCUUUGCAUUGAGGUGUUUUGUUUUUUGGGUUGUGAGAUUCUUUUUGUUUGGUGGGUGUGGGGUGUUUUUGUUUUGUUUUGUUUUGUUUGUACAUCUACUAUUUGAACAGUGUGUGGUGUUUGGGAAAUACAGUGAAAGAAAAGAGAAAUACCGAAGUGUUUCAAGAACAAAACAGUCAUGUUAGCCUGUAAUAUGUAUUGCCUACAGGAUUUAUUUGUAAAACCCGGAAUGUUGCGACUUUGAUUGGUAAGUAACUAGCUCUCAAUUGAAGGAAACCUGGGCCCUAAUACUACUGAGACUUGUGCCUAUGUUUUAUUUUAAAGCACGCUAGGAAACACGCUUAUUUCAGAGGCAUAGAUUGCAACUACAACAUUUUUCAGAACCAGGCUAUAAAGUAGACUAUCUUGGUCUGCAGAUUGUAUUAAAGAAAUAUCCUUAAAUGUCUUGUCUUUAAAAUAAAAUUUAUUCUCAGUUUGGAGAAGUCUACAAUUGUCAUUUAAAAUACAUAUUUUCCAAAAGAGCAUAAAUUGGUAUUUGACCACUGCAGUGUGAAUACCUUUAGUAUCUCCCUUCUCUUCGGCUUCUCCAAGUCUCAGCUCUCCAGAUUCUAGGGUGUACAUAAUACUGCUGAUUGCCUUCUCACAUGUACAGAAAACAUCUCUUCCAUUCUCCAAGAGCUCAUUAGCCUUCUCCAGUCAAUUAAUUCUAUUCUGGGGACCUUCUGCAUAGCCCACGUAGCUUGUCUCUUUCUCCCUGCAUGUUUAAUACCAUCUUCUCUAUACCUUCCUACAGUUUUGCUACUGUAAAAGUGUUCUGCACUGCAGCUUUUCCCUCUCUCAGCAGCCUCCAUUUAUCUCUCCACCUCAAUUCAAACGUGAAAACACCUUUUUUCCCUCUUGUCUAUACAUUUUAUUUUUCUGUGGGUGAUUAUUGCUCACUAUUACUGUGUUUAGCACUCAAUGGCUGGAGUUCAGUUGAUAUGAAAGGCACUAAUGAAUACUAUGCAGCUUUAAUUUGUAAAGUGGAUGCUAGCUUGAUGACACUAAAUCAGUAACUCUUCAAAUCAUGGAAAUUCUUUUUCUACAAUAGGAAAUUAUGGAAGGUUCUGAAUGCUCCUAACAGAAGAAAGAAAACUGUUUAACUGUCUGUAAAUGCUGCUUCUGAGGAUGAAAUACUUCAGGCUCUUAACCAGAAAAUCUGGGAGACUAAAAAUGCUGUUGACAGAACAUUUUUGCAAAAAUCAAGUCCCGUGUGUUUGCCUGUAUGUUUCCUCCUAUCUUUGUAGCAAGAAGAAAAAAGAGAAUGGUUAUGAACAAGUUGAUCAAGAAAGGUACACGAACUUGGUCCGUUCUGUCACAUCUUUCAAAACCAGUCCUCGGACACCAGAAACAUUGUUUGAAGAAGAUGAUCUGAUGUAUGGACCAGUGAGUAAGUUUAAAUCUCCUGUUACAGAUGCUGAAACAAAAAUUCCAAAAAAUUGGGUCCCUCUGAUAAAUUCCAAUAAGAGAACUUUGCCUCCAAACAGUGACCCAAAGUGUCUGCUGAAAAUUGGCUUAAAAAGACACAAGGUGCCCAGUGUGACUAAUGUCCUUCAGCAGACCAUGUCUUCGGAACAGGCCUUUUACCUGGAGAGGUGGAAGCAACGGAUGAUCCUGGAACUUGGAAAUGAUGGGUUUGCAGAAUACACUAAAAACCUCUUCCUCCAAGGAAAACUUUUCCAUGCCGCUUUGGAAUCUGUCUUUUUGUCUGACCAGAUCCCGUUGAAAGAGCAGGAAAGAGAUUCCACUGUAUCUGGCUACUUAGCAAGUGUUCAGCAUGUCCUGAGAGACAUCAGUGGAGUAAAAGCUCUGGAAAGUGCCGUUCAUCAUGAGACUCUUCACUAUUCAGGACUUGUAGAUUGUGUGGCUGAAUAUCGAAGCCAGUUGUGUGUGAUUGAGUGGAAGACUUCAGAGAGGUCAAAGCCAUAUCUCCAGAACACAUUUGACAACCCACUACAGGUUGCAGCGUAUACCGGAGCCAUAAACCACGACGCUAACUAUGAUUUCCAGGUUAAUUGUGGACUCAUUGUAGUGGCUUACAAAGAUGGCUCCUCUGCACAUCCCCAUUUCAUGGACUUGGAUCUGUGCUCUCGUUAUUGGAACAAAUGGCUCCUGCGCCUUGAAGAAUAUACCAAGAAGGAAAAGAACAAAAAUAUAAGUGAGACAAGUCAGACCUCACCCCUCUGAGCAGAGAACUGAAGCAGAAAGUCCUGAGUGGUCUCUGAUACUGACCCUUUUUGACCUGGGGCAAUUACUUACUAUCUCUGCCUCAGUAUCCCCAUUUCUAAAUUGGGUCUCAUACUUGCCUAGCUAAUGGGGGUGCAUGGUGGUUUUAUUGAGCCAACUUAAAUUGGGCUGGUAUUUAUAUUUUGCAGCAAACUUUUAUAAAACUGGAGACCAAUAGAAAUGUUCCCACAAUUAAAGAAAAAGUCCAGUAAAGUUUGUAUAAACAAACCAUCACGCUCUUGCAGCGUUUGAAACCCAACCCUUGCGAAUGGAGAAAGUGAAAUUGACUCUGACCCAAAACAGAACUUUCAUUGUCAGAGCGAAGUGAAAUGCAAACAAUAAAGAUUAGUAGUAACAAGUA